UUUCUUCUGAGAAAAUCUCAAUCUUAAACAUUGUUGAAAAAAGAAAUACCUGAUUCAGGCCGCCAAAAUUCUAUUGGAAAAUCUGUUGGAAGUUGCCAAAAUUCUGUUGUUCCAAAAUUCUUCGGAAAGAUUUUCUGAGCCAAGUUCCAAUGGUCCUGUAAAGAAGUCCAUGCGUGAGAAGGCUGUGGAGAGAAGGAAUGUUAAUAAAGAGCACAAUAGUAACUUUAAAGCUGGAUAUAUUCCAAUUGAUGAAGAUCGUCUCCAUAAAACAGGAUUGAGAGGGAGAAAGGGCAAUUUAGCCAUCUGUGUGAUUAUCCUCCUGUUUAUUCUGGCUGUCAUCAACUUAAUUAUAACACUUGUUAUCUGGGCUGUGAUUCGCAUUGGACCAAAUGGCUGUGACAGCAUGGAGUUUCAUGAAAGUGGUCUACUUCGAUUUAAGCAAGUAUCUGACAUGGGAGUUAUACAUCCCCUUUAUAAGAGCACGGUGGGAGGAAGGCGAAAUGAAAAUUUGGUCAUCACUGGCAACAACCAGCCUAUUGUUUUCCAGCAAGGGACAACGAAGCUCAGUGUGGAAAAGAACAAAACUUCCAUUACAAGUGACAUUGGUAUGCAGUUUUUCGACCCAAGGACUCAAAAUAUUUUAUUCAGCACCGACUAUGAAACUCAUGAGUUUCGUUUGCCAAGUGGAGUGAGAAGUUUGAAUGUUCAAAAAGCAUCUACUGAAAGGAUUACCAGCAAUGCUACUAGUGAUUUAAAUAUAAAAGUUGAUGGGCGUGCUAUUGUGCGUGGAAAUGAAGGAGUAUUUAUUAUGGGCAAAACCAUUGAAUUUCAUAUGGGUGGUAAUAUGGAAUUAAAGGCUGAAAACAGCAUCAUCCUUAAUGGAACUGUGAUGGUCAGCACUACUCGCCUACCCAGUUCCUCCACUGGAGACCAGUUCAGUAAUGGCAACUGGCUGCGCUACAAACUCUGUAUGUGUGCUGACGGAACUCUCUUCAAAGUACAAGUAACAGGCCAGAACAUGGGCUGCCAAAUCUCAGACAACCCCUGUGGAAACACUCAUUAGAAGAAACCCAGAGGUCAUCAAAUGUUCAUUAUUUUGACUCGACUUUUUUUUAACAGUAUGCAUCAUUAUUUUUACAGUGUGUGAUAACUCAUUGUAAUUAUUUUAUCUGCAGAGCACUGCUCUAUUAUAUAAUCUCCACAAUUAAAAGAUUCUCAGAGAUCCUAAAUUCUGAUUUUAUUAAGUUGCACUGCUCUUCAAAUUGCAGUUCGCUAAAAUAAUUAUGGAAAGUUAGUAAAAUCAAAAUUAAUCAUUUAAAUAAUUGUUUUUAAAAUUCCACUAUUCCUUGUCUAAAGGAUAAAGGGCUGAAGCAACUGUUUAGACUCACUAAGCUUUUGGUAACUCUAAUGGAGAUAGACGCACUGAAGACAUUUAAAGGUACACCAUCUCAAUAAAUGUUACAUGCUCUGUCUUUUCACCUCUAAGAGGUAAAACACAGAUUUUUAGUGCAUUAACCUUGAACUACAAAAGAAAAGUCAUUUAAAAACUGACUUAUGUGAGAUAGUAAGAAGCUGUGGUUCCUUAUUUUUGCACUAAGAAGCAAAUACUUAAUAUUUAUAAUAGAAUGUUUACUUGAAAUAAUGACAAAUUUUAAGUGUUCACAAUGUGGUAGAAACUAAAUCGUAAUUGCAGCCUUAUCUUUUAAAUAAUAAUAAUGAAACCUGUCAUUUACUGAACAUCUUAUACAUCCUAGGCAUUAUCCUAGGCAGUGCAUGUUUAAUGUCUUUAAUUCUCACCACAACUCUGUAAGGUGUUAUUAUCUCAGUUUUUCCCCAUUAGGAAACUGAGGAUCAGAGAAGUUAAGAAAUUUUCUUAAGGUCACAUAGUAAGUGGCAGAUGUGGGAUUGGAAUCCAGCUGUCAUUCAAACCUAGGUAAAUCCAAUUCCAAAUAGUAUGUUCUUUUCACUACUUACACUGCAUUUUUAAUUACUUAAAACACUAGAAAGAUAAACAGACUAAUUCAAACUUACCUAAUCAGAUACGAAUUAAUAGAAGUAUGCUUAUUCUAGUUAAAAUUAAAUACAUAAAUAUCAUGUCAGCCAAAAAAUGACCACUCAGAUUUUAAUCUACAUUAAACCAAUUCCAAAGCCAAUAUUAUACUAUAAUAGUUGUCUCAUUUGACACUACGUGUUUUCUUUAUUCAUUUAUUGCCUGCCCCUCCCCCCAUUAAAAUGUCAACUCUAUGAGAAUAUGAACUUUGCCUUUUUUUUUUUUUACUGCUGUAUCUCCUGCACCUAGAAUAGUGCUACGGCAGAUUGGCCUAGUUGUGGGUGACAGCAGUUCCCAACUGAUAAGGCUUGGCACACUCAGUACCAGAAUGGGUAACAGGUAGGCCAAGAUAUUGACAUCCUCAGCUCCUGGGGUGAGACAGUGGCAAGUAGAGCAGUCAUAGCUCCUGGGAAGGUCCUGGUGGCUGGGAAUGGCCUAAUGGGUUGGUCCUAGUGUGUCAUACAAAUAUUACCCUAAUGGUACCUUUUUUAACUUGUGCCAUGCCUUGAAAAAUGUUGGGAAAACUGGACUCAAGGGUGCUAAUGCAGGAGAUAAUGCAAGUCAUUUUUAAGUAAGUAUGAGAAUUAUCUCUGCUUCUAAUAUCAACAACUCAUUGUAAUUAUUUUAUAACCCUCAAGCCAGUUGAUUUUUAAUAUAUUUUAUAUUUGACUUGAUAGGAACUCUCUAGUAUUAACACACACAGCAUCAGGGACAGGGACCCCAAAGUAGUGUGCUGUUAAACAGGCAGUAGAAAUAAAUCCCCACCUUUCUUUUAACUAUAACAAUAUUCUGUUAUGGUCACUUUGAACUGUAUAGAUAAGAAAAUCUAUACAAAAACUAAUUUGUAUUCAAUAUUGUUACAGUUAUCUCUGAUAGAAAACCAAAUAACUUAGAGAUUAUGAAUUCAUUAAAUUAUACUAAAUAAGGAUUGACUUCCUACCUAAUACUGCAUAGUUCUUAAAUUAAAAAUAGUGAGAUUUAUGACCUCUGAGUGUUAUUAUAGUUGUAACGAUAUUCAGAACCCAUUUGAAUAUAUUCAAUAUCAUUCAGAACCAAUCCAUUGGAAUUUUCAUUCGAAUGUUCAGUAUAUUUUUAAAUUGUACCUUCAUUACCUGUUUGCUUUGUUUAGAUUUGUUUUGAAAGUGUCUUUAAAUAAAUAUUUACAAAAACCACAGAAGAGUAUAUUAUAUCCUUAGUAUAAUAUAAUUAUAUUAUAUUGAAUAUAAUUCAUGAAACAAUCUAUUUUUACUCCUCUUUGGUACAUACUUGUGUUUUUGAUACAUCUUCAUUCAGUGCUUUUGACUUGAGAGAAUAUUUUUAUGCUUUUAUGCGACUGAUAUAUCACAGGCAUAGCAUUAUAGAACACCUUACAGACAAUCCUGGCUUUUUCACUGAAAUGUAGACUUGGAAAAUAUAUUGAAAAGCAAAACAAGAACAAACUGUCCAUUUUACCUAUGACCUAUUUUGAUUAACAGUAAAGCAUCAGUUACUCAUUCUUGCCACUAGAUGGUAUUUUUUAUAAGCUGAAAUGUUCACUUGACUAUUCUGCUGGGUGUUCGUCCCCUUCAGUGAGCCCUGAUAGGACAAGCAGCAGACUUGGGGGAGGUGGAUGACUAAGACAGGAUCCUUGCACCCAGGACGGGGGACAGAUGCAUGCUUGUUUAAGUAAUUGUAUUGACAAGGGGGACAGAAGAAAUAAAUGCAAGAUAUUUUUAGAGACUGUCUAGUGAGCAGACAGGAGAAAUGUAAAUUAUCACAAAGCAGGGACUGCCAAUACAUGGUCUGCAAUAUUUAAAAUAAAUGUGUUUGUAUUCUUUUUACAUUAUGAAAAAGCAAAAUAAAGUUUGUGUGUUAGUUUUGAGA